AACGGUUAGUGUUUUGGACUUAUUUCGCUUAAUUCAAAUGUUAUUUCUUUCUUAAUGAAAUACUUGUCACGCAAUCCUUGUGAAGAAAUAAAUAUUACCAUUCAUUUUUUUUUAAAUAUUCUUGUUUGAAUUAAAAAAAAAAAUGUUGUAAUCGCAUCUUUGUAUAGGGUUUGUUUCAUGUCUGUAUUUUAACUAACUUUUAAAAUAUUUCUUUUUAACCCUCAUCCAUUUUUCUCAUCUAUCAGCCCUAAACAAAAUAUUUUUCUUCUUCACUUUAUGUUUGUGUUUUUUUAAAAAGCAUUCAUGUUUCAAGUGUGGUGGGAUCUCUUUUUGUUUUUUAAAACUAUCGUUUACCUUUAUAUUAUACUUGUAUGGGGUUGUGAUAUUCUUUUUGUUAUUUUGUACUGUUUUGGAAUUAAUCGGUCAAAAGCUGUUAACUUUUCCAAGAACUCUAUAACAACAAGUUUAAAAGAAACAAGUGGCAUUACCAUCACAUCGUUACCUCCCGUUUUUUUUUUCUUAUUAAAUGCAUAUUGUGUUGUAACGAUUAAUAAAACAUGGUGGUGGUACCUACCUUAUACUCUUUAUGCCUUUCUUGAUACAUCUUAUUUUUACGGUGGAAGAAGAUCUCACUCGUUUCGACAACUAGCUAUAUGGAAAUCGUCUGCUGAGUACUUUCCUACAAAACUAUACAUGUUCAAAUCCUCUAAUGUUUUGAACGACAAACCUUUUAUAUUUUGUUACCAUCCGCACGGAAUUUUCAGUGCUGGAGCGAUUUUAACAUUCGCUAGUGAAGCUUUACAAAUUUCUACUCUUUUUCCAGGGCUUCAAAUAUACCCUUGUACGUUAACAACACUAUUUCGGGUACCUUUUUUUCGUGACUGGCUUUUGCUUCAAGGAUUUAUAAGUGUUUCUGUACAAUCCAUUCAAUAUGUUUUAAACAAAGGAGCAGGGCACGGGAUUAUGGUGGUCGUUGGAGGCGCGAGUGAAGCACAAUACACCCGUUGUAAUACCUAUGAUUUAAUUUUAUUAAAAAGAAAAGGCAUAUUCAAGCAAGCAUUAUUGUAUGGAUGUAAUGUUGUUCCUGUUUUUUGCUUUGGUGAAAACAAUAUUUAUAAAAUUUAUUCUUCGAGCUGGUUUUUACAUUUGAUUUCAACUGUUUGUAAACGAUUUUUAGGAUUUUGUAUUCCUCCCUUUUUCGGACGAGGAGUGUUACAAGAUAGUUUUGGUUGCCUACCCAUACGCCAUCCUCUUCAUGUUGUCUUCGGUGAACCACUUUUAGUGCCGAGAAAUCCUUGUCCUACGCAGAAAGACAUUAAUCAAUUACAAAAAAAAUACUGUGAUAAUCUAAUCAAGCUUUUUGAAUCCCGAAAAAAAUCAUUUUGUAGUUCUAAUCGAUCUCAACAACGACAGCAGAGACUGCGGUUUGUAUCCUAACAUUGCUUUUAAAACGUUUUCACAGAACCGUAAAAGAGGGUCACCCUUUUUUCUUACAACGAUUCGUGUAUAUCUUCCAACUAUGUUUUACCAUUGAUGUUUUGAAAACCGCUCAAAUGGUGAAGAAAAGGCACUUUUAAAAUCAGUUCAUAUAGAAACAAAAAAUAUUGCAAUUCAUUGGCUGUUUUCUUGAAACAUCCUAAUAAUGUACAACUAGAAGACAAGAACAUCAUAAAUUACCGUUCCAGCAUAACUAAAGAAUUCCUUCAACCGUGUAUAUGUUUCUUAGUACAUGUUAACCGAUUGAUAUCUUCCAGCCUAGAGUACACAAAAGAGUUCAAGAAAAAAAAUCAUUGAUUGUUAUACGGCAGUAAACUAAAAGAAGCAAUCCUUUUCCGAUUUAGUUGAUUUCAGAAAAGUUUCACGUAUAAGAAAUUUCAUUCUUCAAUCAGGGUUACAUGAAUUUUUCCCCAGAUCGUUUUUUCACAAAGGAUCCAGCAGCUGUUGUUGAGUUAAACAUGUGUCUUACGGAAUCACUAGUAUUAGCGUUGUCUUUUUUUCUAUUUGUAUAAUGCUAUUCAGUUUCAACGUGUUUUUUAUACAGACUUGUUGUAUUGUUUUAAAGAGACUCCACGUAGACCUUUGUGUAUUUUUAAAGGUUUUUACUUUACUAC